CUGGUUUGUUGUUAAACCACCCCAACCGGCUUAUUGCUGGUAUAAAUGGGAUGGAAAUAUCAGUCUUAAAUGAACUGCAAACAACAGCACCAGCUACAGCACCAUGCUCUGUAAGAAAGUGACAGAGAGUUUUGGAGCGGCUAUCUUUGGCCUGAGCCCGGCCCAUCUGACUGACAGGGUGGUUAGGAGGAGUAAGAGGAUGAUGCUGGACACUCUUGGGGUAGGACUGCUGGGAACAAGAACAGAUGUCUUCAACAAGGCUCUCCAGUUCAGCCAGUGGUACAAGUCAACGGAGAGAAGCAGUGUCUGGGGAAGAUCAGGCUUGGCUCUCCCAUCACAGUAUGCUGCCUUUGUCAACGGUAUAGCGGUGCACUCUAUGGACUUUGAUGACACAUGGCACCCUGCCACCCACCCCUCAGGGGCCGUGCUCCCUGCCAUCCUGGCCCUGGCGGAGACCAUGCCCACCCCACCCUCCGGCCUGGACCUUCUCCUGGCCUUCAAUGUGGGCAUUGAGGUGCAGGGACGUUUGAUGAGGUUCUCCAGGGAAGCUAGUGACAUCCCCAGCAGGUUCCACCCUCCAGCUGUGGUGGGUGUACUGGGAAGUGCUGCAGCUGCUGCCAAGCUCCUGAGCCUGUCCCCAGCCCAGUGUGUUCACGCCCUGGCUAUAGCUGCCUCUUAUGCUGGGGCCCCCAUGGCCAACGCAGCCACACAGACCAAACCCCUCCACAUCGGCAACACUGCCCGGAGAGGCCUGGAGGCUGCCCAGAUGGCCCGGCUGGGGCUGGAGGGAAACCCAGCCAUCCUGGACCUGGAGUCCGGUUUUGGUGUAUUCUAUACAGACUACAGCCCCAAAGAGCUGGUCGGGGCUACCAUAGGUGGAUUCAGAUGGCUUCUAGAGGACCAGGACGUGGCCAUCAAGCGAUUCCCAGCUCACCUGGGGAUGCACUGGGUGGUGGAUGCCGCGCUGGCUGCCCUGGCUAAGCUGAACGCUGCUGGUGGGCAAAGUGGACGAGGAGAAGGACUGGAGCCCAGCAAGAUCAGGAGGGUGACUCUAAGAGUGCCUCCCUCAAGGUACGUGGACCGGGCCUUCCCAGCCACGGAGCACCAGGCCAGGCACUCCUUCCAGUUCAACGCUUGCUCAGCCCUGCUAGACAAUCAGGUGACGGUGGACUCUUUCAGCACGGCCCAGAUAGAGAGGCCCCUCCUCAAGGAGCUGUUGGCCAGGGUCAGGGUAGAGAACCCCCAGGACAACCACCCCAGCUUUGACAGGAUGUACUGUGAGGUUGUUAUAGAGACGGAGCAGGGGGAGAGUUUUGGCGCCAGGUGCAAUACCUUUUACGGCCACUGGAGAAAGCCGCUCAAUCAGAAGGACUUGGAGAGUAAAUUCAGAGCCAAUGCCUCAUCUGUGCUGCCUCAGGAAGGAGUAGAGGGGCUGCUGGAUCUGAUAGGGAAUAUAGAGAGCCAGCCUGACUGCUCAGUGCUGGGGUCCUACCUGCAGGUAAGCAGCAGGAGUAUUGUGAGGGAGCUGCAGAGCAUCCCCUCACUAAGGUGAACAGACACAGACAUUAAUAUUGACUGUGUAGGCUUUUAUUUUGAAGUACCUUACUAAUCUCUCUUUGAGAUAUGCUUCCUGGGGGCGUUGUCACGGAGGUGCACAUGUGAACAUCAAACGAAGGCUCCUUUAGGAGCAUUCGACAG